AUGGUGUUCGAUUUAUUCACGGGGGGUACGGACACAACAGCCAUUGCGACUGAGUGGGCCAUAGCAGAGCUCAUCAACAACCCGGAUGUGCUGAGGAAGGCCCAGAACGAGAUUGACCAAGUGGUGGGCCUUGACCGGCUGGUUGAGGAGUCGGACUGGCCCAAUUUGCCCUACCUUCAAGCAGUGGUGAAGGAGAUGUUCCGUCUCCACCCACCCGUCCCAAUGAUUCCAAGGAAGUCCGUCUCUGACUCUGUGGUGGGCGGCCACUCCAUCCCUGCCAACUCCCUCCUUUUCGUCAACAUCUGGUCCAUGGGGAGGAACCCCGACUACUGGGAGGACCCAAUGCAGUUUCGGCCUGAGAGGGGCAGCACUUUGAGCUCCUGCCUUUCGGGACGGGCAUGCAGGAGGGGCUGCCCGGGGAUGCUGCUCGCCAUACAGGAGCUCAUUGUUAUAAUUGGGACAACGUGCUUUGACUGGAAGCUGCCUGAGGGGUGCGGGCACGUUGACAUGACCGAGCGCCUCGGCUUGACAGCUCCACGGGCCAACGAUCUCGUCUGCAGGGCGGUGCCCAGGGUUUCCCCACAGACUCUUUCCGGGCACUGA